GGUACGGCGUUCGAUUCGCUGCUCCGUUGCAAUGGUCUGACUUCGUCGCUUACACAUCCUGCCAGGUGAGAACAAAAAUAGAGCGACAUAAAAAGGGCAGGAGGGAACAUGGGGGAGAGAGAGAGAAGAGGGUUCAAUCGAAGGAAGGGAGAGAAAGGGCUCAGAGGGUAGAGGAAGACAAGGGGACAUGGAAAGGGAGAUGAAGGACGCGGGAGACGAACGUGAGAACGGAGGUGAAGGUGCAGAGGAGGAAGACGAGGAAAAGACGGUCUCGAGCUUGACUAUGGUGAGGGUGGCUGCUGCGAAGCAGUUCAUAGAGAGUCAUUACAAAGCGCAGAAGAAGAACAUCCAGGAGCGGAUGGAAAGAAGAUGCGUCCUUGAGAAGAAGUUAGCUGAUUCACAAGUUUCACAGGAGGAGCAAAUGAAAAUAAUGAAGGAUCUAGAGCAAAAGGAAACAGAGUACAUGCGACUUAGGAGACACAAGAUUUGUGUUGAUGAUUUUGAUCUACUGACUAUCAUAGGAAGAGGAGCGUUUGGAGAGGUUAGGCUUUGCCGUGAGAAGUCCACGGGUAAUAUUUAUGCAAUGAAGAAGCUUAAGAAGUCUGAAAUGCUUAGCAGGGGACAGGUUGAACAUGUUAGAGCUGAAAGAAAUCUGCUUGCUGAAGUUGCAAGCCAUUGUAUUGUAAAAUUGUACUACUCAUUUCAAGAUGCUGAUUACCUUUACCUCAUCAUGGAAUAUCUUCCUGGAGGUGACAUGAUGACUCUGCUUACAAGGGAGGAGAUUUUGACUGAAAAUGUUGCUAGAUUCUACAUCGCCCAGAGUGUUUUGGCGAUAGAGUCCAUUCAUAAACAUAACUACAUUCACAGAGAUAUCAAACCCGACAAUCUUCUGUUAGAUAAAAAUGGCCACUUGAAACUGUCUGACUUUGGCCUCUGCAAGCCAAUUGACUGCAGAAUUCUUUCAACUUUGAAUGAAAAUGAACCUAUGACCGAUGAAGAGCUGAAGGAGUCAAUGGACAUUGAUGGUACCUUUCUAGACAAGGUCAAUGGUGGCAGAUGGAAAAGCUCCCAAGAGCAGCUACAGCAUUGGCAGAUAAACAGGAGACAAUUGGCAUUUUCUACUGUAGGCACUCCAGACUAUAUUGCCCCAGAGGUGUUACUAAAGAAGGGAUAUGGCAUGGAGUGCGACUGGUUUUCAUUGGGUGCUAUAAUGUAUGAGAUGCUUAUUGGUUAUGCACCGUUCUACUCUCAUGAUCCAAUAACAACUUGUCGGAAGAUCGUACACUGGAGAAAUCAUUUGAAAUUUCCAGAGGAUGCAAGAAUUUCUCCUGAGGCGAAAGAUCUCAUCUCUAGACUACUUUGUGAUGUUGAACACAGGAUUGGUAGCCGGGGGGCUGAUCAAAUAAAGGCCCACCCAUGGUUUAAAGGUGUAGAGUGGGAUAAGCUGUAUGAGAUGGAUGCUGCAUUUAAACCUGAGGUCACUAGUGAGCUAGACACUCGGAACUUUGAAACUUUUGAUGAACUCCAGUUGGAUCCUCCUCCAGCAAGGACAGGUUUUGUACUCUCUAGGAAGACGUUGCUAAGUCCAAAAGAUUUAAGCUUUGUUGGGUAUACCUACAAAAACUUUGAGGCUGUCAAAGCUGUACAUCAAUCUAAAGAUUUAAAGAAAAGAAGUGCAUCUCCAAAACGGCACUCGAUCGAUCCCAUCGCCGGUGAUUCAGCCAUGGAAUCCAGAAGAUCAUCUGAAGAACCAACAGACACGAAGACGAUUUCAUCAUCAGAUCCAAUGUCUCCUUAGCUAUCAAACUUCAAAAUCUGGUAUGUAGCAUUGGCAAUUAAUGGCCUCCUUGUUUUAGUCAGGUCAGUCAAUGUCAGUGGCUUCAAUAAGCUAUAAAGCUACCAUUUUGUAGAACUAUUAUUUGAGUAUUUAGGUGUACAGAGCAAUGUAUUAAGGAUGGCCAGAGAAAGCCCUUCAAGUGGUUUGCUUUGGUUCUUAAACCUGCUUUUGUGGAUAAUUUUAGUUUGGUGGUUAUUAUAAACAGACUGCCCAGGUUGGCAGGGCAAUAAACAACUGGCCUUCUCUUGUGGCAGUUUAUGGUUUGAUUUUUGUUGAACAAUAAUAAAAAGACUAUUUUCUGCUUUUUUU